AUGGCUUCGUUGUUCAAGGUUAGACGUCCGCUUACUCGUCUACCAGUUGUUUCCGCUCGAUCUGUAGCCGUUUCUGGAUCGAGAUAUGAUCCAGAUAGUGUUUUCAUUUUGGACUGGAACGGUCAGUGUUCUGAGUCUUUUGAGUUUCCUGUUUGAUGAUCUCGCCUGUCGUGCAAUGCAUAGGAUUUGAGCAAGCUAUCGGCGUACCGGGACAGGAGGUUUCCCGGAACGCAGGAGGAGUACGACCACGCGCUGCAGACCUCGACGACGUUGUAUAUUGGCAAUUUGUCUUUCUACACAACCGAGGAGCAGGUUUACGAGCUUUUCUCUCGAGCUGGCGAGAUUAAGAAGAUAAUUAUGGGCCUGGACAAGAACACUAAGACUCCAUGCGGCUUUUGCUUUGUCCUGUAAGGGUCUGGUGCUUUUAUCAGCGUCUCAAAUAUCUAAAGCAAUCAUUAGGUGGAUCGAGUCCUGGUCCUUUGUCUUUCGGUGGUGUUUCUGGGCGUCAUUCGUCAUUGUUGUGACAAUCUUCACCGGAUAGACGGAAACAUCUUGUUUGCACUCUUUUUCUUUUCUUUAUGCAUUGAUAACAGUUUAGUACUCUUUUUCUGGGACGAAACCGUACGAAAAGAUAAGUUUGCUGCUGGUGUCUAUAUUAGAGGAUGGCUCCUGCUGUAAAAUGUGCUAAACUGGAGGCUACAAUUAGGUUCCUGAGUGGUUUAAAUUCUGGGGGAACGCUGCCAUACAGAGAAAAAGCUUGGACACAAUUUUUCUGGAGUUUUUUUUGUGGGGAAAGAUUCAUUAAUUAGUUUCUACCUGUUAGAUACUAUCAUAGGGCUUUUGACGGAUCUUUUGCUGUUGAUGGCUGUAUUGACCAAUAUAUUUUUCACGGCCUUGUAAUGGUCUGACAUCGGGAUGAGCAACUGCCUGGAAUAACGAUUAGGUCGAUGGCAUUGCUUUUUUAUGGUUGCACUGCCCUAAGCAUAUUUAAAUGUUGUUAGUUUGGAUUGGGGGGGAGUGGCAUUUUCUUACUGUGGACGGAGAUUAUUAUGUUUUGAGACACAAGUUUGGCAAGAGUAUCUUCAUACUUCUUGUUUUCUUAUAUUUGUGGUCAGACCAGAGUCCUCCCAUCCUCCUGGUGACUUGUGAGGAGAAGGGAGAUAAAAAAACUUAUUACGAAACAAUUAAUGAACCGGCCAAAGGCAAGAGUUCAGUUGGUUAUAAUUUUUUGUUUUCUCAAGUUUCUCCCUUUUUUUCUCUCUGUUAUAAAUUCAGAACAAGUUCAUCGGCCAUGAUUUUGGAAGAACUUUGUAGAAUAGUGUAUUUUAAUUCCACUUCAAGUUCAACUUAUGAUUAGUUUUUGGGAGUUUUCCAUCUCCAUAUAUUAGGUUGAAUUUACAUAAUAUCCUUAAGAUUCAAGGUAAUAGGUGCCCUUAAUUUUUAUUUUCUUCAACUGCUCUUUCGCAUAUGUGUACUGCAAUAUUGACAGAUGAUGUUCAUGUAGAUUGCUGAAGUUUUGUUUCAACAUAUUGUAGUUUACUAGAAAUGACAUAUUGUAGUUUCAACAUAUCUGCAGAACAUUCCCUUCAUUCUUUAACCUCACUUGGUAUAAUUUGUAUUGAUAUUAGUAUAAAUUUUAAAAAGGCUAAGGUCUUUGUUUGAAUGAGGACCUGGUCUGCACAUCUUUUAUUCAGCAAAGAUUUGAGAGUGCUGAUGCAGUCACCGAUUUUGCCUGCCUUCAAAGUUGGAAGAAAGUUUUUAACGUCAUCUAUUCAUAUUGAAGUGGUGUGAAUAUAUUAGUUUAAAAUAAAGCAUAAUAUAUUUAUAUAUAUAGAUAUUAUAUAGAUAGAUAUAUAUAUAUUUAUAUAUAGAUAUUAUAUAUAUAAGUUAACGGUCUUACAUGUCUGCCCAGAGGCUGGAUUCUGGUUAUUUUAUUUCAUCUGGCAGAAACCAGGUUGCCUAAGUGGGAUGAGUAGUUCCACAUGAUUCGGAUCUAUGCAUUGUAUUUCUUAGCUGAUCGAAGCUGGGAGGUUCUUAGAUGAUAGGCAGCCCAACUGGGGAGGUUUUCCACAUAUUGACAAUGACAAUGACAGUGACAGUGACAGUGACAGUGAUCUGAAGGAGGUAAACAUAUGCGAGUUAUCUUCUGUGUACGAUUGUGGAUUAGAUCAUUGAAUUCUGCUGCCGAUAUGUCACUGGAAUUGGAUUCUUUGUUUCGUAAUGGGACUUUCUAGUGCAUUUUGUGGAAUCUUCCAGGUAGAUGUUGUCUAGGUCACAACAUUAAUGGAGUUGGUUUAUAUUAUCUGAGGUUGGAAGUUGAGCUCGCCUGCCAGAAAAGGUACAACUAAAAUAGCCUCUUGUGCUGUCGUAGGGUAUCCUAAUCAUCUGGACAUGUCAUUAGAUGAAGAAGGGUUCUGAGUUAUGGAUAAACGCUAAAUCUCUCCUCAAAGCUCGGCAAGAAUCAUGGUUAUACUACUUGCAAGUAGAUUUCAAUGGGGUGUAUAUGUGUGCUCGUAGAUAAUGUGGACAGGGUUACAUGCAUUCAGAUGAUCUGGAUGCAAUUUGGGUGGCCGUGGUUGGCAUUUAAGCUAAAAAUUGUGUAAUAUUUUCUUAUUCAGUUUCAAUUUUUUAUCCCGUGUAAAAUCUCCUCUGCUUAGCAUAGAUCUUUUUUUGUAUUUUUUUUUAAAUUUUCAAGAUGUCACUUUUUAUAUUCCUGCUGAAGCCAUUUGAAUUCUGUCAGUUGGUUUUGGACCACUAAAUAUGCAUGUUAUAAGGUGACAGAGUAAUGUACAUUUUAUUUCAAAUCAUUAUGGGUUCUAUCUAUUAAUGUUGAAAAAUGUGUAUGUAACGUUUUUGCAAUCAGGUAUUAUUCAAGAGAUGAUGCUGAGGAUGCAGUUAAAUAUAUAAGUGGAACGAUUCUGGAUGACCGUCCUAUUCGUGUUGAUUUUGAUUGGGGUUUCGAAGAAGGAAGGCAAUGGGGCCGCGGUCGAAGUGGGGGGCAAGUCAGUUUCCGUUUUUGGGCCCUUCGUUUUCACAUACACUUUACACAUGCUGUUCAUCUGUUUGAUUUCUUGUUUCGUUUCUUCACAGGUGAGGGAUGAAUAUCGAACUGACUAUGAUCCUGAUAUCCUUUUGAGAUGUAUGUUUAGAUUGAGCGUUUUUCUCUGCAGAUUAGUGAAAAAAAAAAAUGAAGCUCUGGUUCAUGCCUUCAUUCUCAGUAAUCAUCUGCACUUGAAAAUACAAUACUUUUUACUAAGUUUUUCUUAGUGAAUGCAAUUUAAUGAAGAACCGAAUUCCAAAACGUCAUGUCCAGUCAGAUACUGAGCACAAUAUUUGAUAUGAUCUGACUGAUCCGUGAGCUGACCUGGGAUUGCUUUGAUCUCUCAUGUUUCAUUAGAAAACAUGACAGUAUAUACGCAUAUAUAUAUAUUGAUAUAUACAUAUAUAGUAUUUGAUAACAAACUGGUCUGAGUUUAUGAGCUUAACGAGUUUUGGAAGAAUUUGCAGGAGCUAAGCAUAUUUAUAACGUCUUUCAGUCAUCAUAGUUGCCACAGCCGUUGACCAGCCUCUCUUAUCAUCUUCUCAAUGUAGGAAAUGGUUGACCUUUUUAGAAAAUAUCAUUUGGCAAUUGUACAGCCUAGUUUGUUCAUAAGAAUGCUCUCUACCAUUUUCGGCAUGUUUCCGAAAUCUGAAUGUAUCUUGCCCAUCUGCUAGAUCCGGAAUAUUAUACUUUAUAAUUAAUGCAGUAGGCCAUGAGAUGGUUUCAUCCCUUGACGGAUCAUACGCAGAGGUGGGUAUGGAAAGCUGGUCCAGAAGGAGCUUGAGGCCCAAAGAGAGCUAGUGGAUUAUGGCACAGGCUCGCUGGGCUGUUUCCCACCAGCUCUUCUUCCCAACUGUGAGUCUCCGAAAGCUUCAUUAAUACCGUUGAUUCAAUGAACCGGCGUUAUUUCCCGGACAAUUUGGGUCAAAGCUAUCUGCAUCGGGUCAAUAUUUUAGUCAACUGCUGUGCUUUCCAUGAGCUCAUUAUGUCGGCACGCCCUGUCCUAUGAGCUCAUGAUGUCAACAUUUUCUCUCUUGAUUUCUGGCCCUUCAGAUAUAUCGAUGUUCAUCGUCGGGGUCAACGCCCAAAUCUCCUUUUCAUUAAGCUGGUCAUUUGGUCAACCCUGACAGCCAGUGCUUUCUCGAUCAACAGAGCUUAAUCGUCUUUCUCCUGACCCUUUCUCCGGAUUGUGCAGUCGGAAGGCCCGGAGAUAGAGGACCCGGUGGCUCCUACCGACAAGGUAUGCUCCCCUGGUCUUCCAUCUCCUCGAUCAUCAUUCCUGGCGGCUAAUCUCCGGUGUUGACUUUUAUAUUAUUUGAACAGAUUACCAUCGGAAGCGGCAGCGGGAGGACGACCGGCCAGCUCGGCGGGCCACCGACAACGAAUCUGCCAGAGCCCCCGAACUCGACACCCGUCCGGUAUCCGUUGACCUUCCUCCCCGCCAUGAUCUCAACAUUUUUUUACCCUCUGUUUUCUUCUGCCACUCUGAUUCAAAUUCUCUCUCGCAGGAGAAGAACCCCCGAUUCCGAGAGAGCGGCGACUCGGACGAAGACGAUGAAGAAGAUGACGGCCGCAAACGACGGCGUUGA